CAUCCUCUCGCAUCUUUCCUCUCGUGUAGUGCCAGACUGCCAGCCAGGCCGCCGCCGCCGCAGCUGUCUCGUGCGGUCGUGCCUCCGCAUCGCGGCUCGUCUUGGAGCUUCACCUGAUCCCUGAGGUGCGGCACCGGCGGGUGAGGCAUAUCGGCGAGGCGGCACCAGCGGCGGAGUUCGGUCCCAGAAGAGAUGGCGAGGGGCCCUAAUGUCGCGGGCUUGAUCGAGGACGAUGCGGUCUCCGUCAUCACGGAGUUUCAUCAGCAAGGUCAGAAGGAAGAUGGAGCAAUGUCUAGGAAGAUGGAGAUAACAGCUUCGCGAUCACCAAGACAAACAGCCUGCAGUGAGGAUGUCUGUUUGGCGUGCAGUUUGGAACGGCCUGUGUGCUGUAACAGCCGAUCUGGGCUUGUAGGCUUAGUGGUGUGUGAGAUAUGUGGCAGUGGCAGUGCCCCUCAUCUUAUUGCAAACUGCGCUAGGUGCAGUGCGCGUGAGCAUUGGUACUGUAUGCAGGUGUUGACGUUUCUGAUUCCACGCAUAUGGUUUUGUAAUAGUUGCCAACGAAAGGCCAACAGGGCACCCAGAUCCUAGCCAAGCCUGCAGGUUCCGGACAUGGUGUUGGGCACCAAAUCCCCGACUGAAGUUGCAGGGUAGUAGCUGCUAGUGUUGUACUCCGUAUUGGGUUGUUUUUUGUGUGGUUGUAUUGGCUUCGCUGGAGCAACUGUCCCCGUGUGGGCUUGGCACUGGUGCUAGCAUCAGAAAAUAUGUCGGAUAUUCUUUCACCGCGACUGAGCAAUUUAUAACAUUGAGCAGGUAAAUGCGAUGGACGCUGUUCAAAGUUUCCUUAUGAAUUAAUCUCCACAUCAAAA